AACUAUGCUAUGUCACAAGUCAUCAUACACGGAGGGUACUCGGUAAAACACGGACUAGGGAUGGUCAGUGAAGAUGAAUAUGGAAUUUGGACGCAUGUAAUCAUAACAGUCUGUGAUGCUGCCUACAUGAAAUUUCUAGAGCAUCCAUCGACCCUGAUUUCCUCACGUUUCGAGAUAUAUGACUCAAGUGCUUGCUUGCUUCAACAAGAAACAAGAACAUCAAAGUGGAUGUAAGUUGGAGGUUGGGUGAUCCUACACACAGCGAUAGUUAAAACAAUAGAGGAACCAAGAAACAGGCGAAUUCCAAACAGAAUUCAAAGGUGAUUGGAAACUCCAACAGAGCUUUGAUCAAGAUAAGCUGGAGACACUCCCACCGUUUGAUCUCGCGCUCGAACAAGAAUCAUUGCGGAUCC